UAACCAAGACCUGACUGUCUGGAACACUGCAGACGGCUAGCCCACGUACAGAGGACUGAACGAACCUGGUCCCUGAAUUUUUGGACAGGUAUCAUGUGGACGUGUGUUCUCCUGAGGAAGCCCUUCUUAUAUGUGAAUAUCCACCUGUUUCCAAAACUAGCAAGAAAUCACACCUGUACCCUGAUGGCUCAGAAGCGAAAUCAGACCUCAGUCCUGAAGAAUUCCUGGACACUGCAUACCACAUGGUUUAGGGGAAUGGCUGACCUCAUACAAGACAAUGCCACUCUUUCUCACUCUAAGAGUAGAAAGUCCAAGGGCAGUUGGUCCUUUCCUGUGUUAGAUGGAAGUAUUCAUCCAGAACAGAUAGAUACAAUUGAAGCAAACUUGAGAAAUAGCGAAGCUUGUAUUCAGAGAUAUUUAGAGUUGCUUGGAAAGGUCUACCAAAGAGAAGAAAGGGAUAUCCUAAGACAUACCCAAGACAACCACAAGUUGCUGGUCCGUGACCGUCUCAGAUUGGUUCUGGAUAAUGAUGAUGACUUCUUUGAGCUCUCCCCACUGGCUGGCUAUGAUUUACCCUAUGGUACAAUCUCAAAUGCUGGCUGUCUCACUGGAAUUGGGAAAAUAUGUGGAAUGUGGUGCAUGUUAAUUGCCAAUGAUGCCACAGUGAAGGGAGGAACCUUCUACCCCAUCACCGUGAAGAAACAACUCCGUGCUCAAAAUAUCGCAAUUAUGAACCGUUUGCCAACUGUGUAUUUGGUGGAUAGUGGAGGAGCAUUUCUGCCCCUACAGGCAGAGAUUUUCCCAGAUCAGUACCAUGGUGGAAGGGUUUUCUACAAUAUAGCCCUCAUGUCCUCUAUGAAGAUUCCUCAGGUGGCAGUGGUGUGUGGUUCUUGCGUUGCAGGGGCUGCCUAUUGUCCUAGUAUGGUCGAUGAAUCUAUAAUCAUAGACAACAUUGGCUCCAUGUUUCUUGCUGGACCUCCUCUGGUAAAAGCUGCUACAGGAGAAGACAUUUCUGUUGAAGAACUAGGAGGAGCCAUUGUGCAUUCUCGAGUCAGUGGCGGUGUUGAUUAUAUUACAUCUACAGAGGAAGAAGCCUAUGAACGGGUUCGGAAUGUUGCGAUGACCUUCAACUGUGGGCAGUGCCCUGGAGAGUCUGUGAAGUACGAUGAGCCCUUAUACAGCCCAGAAGAGCUGAAAAACCUGGCCCCACAGAAUUACGAAUGUAGUCUAGAUGUGAAACUGAUUCUGAGUCGUUUGUUUGAUGGGAGUCGAUUCCAGGAAUUUAAAGCUGAAUAUGGAACAACUUUGGUAACAGGAUUUGCUCAUGUGAAAGGGCAUCUAAUUGGCCUGGUGGCGAGCAAUGGGGAGCUAACCCACCAGGCCUCCCUCAAAGGCAGUAACUUUGUGAAUCUGUGCAGUCACCGGAACAUCCCCAUCCUGUUUCUCCUGAACACUGUUCCAAAAGCGUCUCAGUGCACAAGUCUUGCACAGGCAGAAGAUCUAGGCAGAAGAUUCAAGGCCCAGGCCUGUAUGAUGGCCACCAUUGCUUGUGCAGAAGUUCCCAAGAUAACUCUGGUCAUUGGUGGCUGUUUUGGAAAUGACAGCUAUGCCAUGUGCGGAAGAUCAUUCGACCCUAAUUUCUUGUUCUUGUGGCCCAAUGCAAGAGUUGCUCUCGUCGAUUGUAGAUCUCCAUUUGCUGACUUUCUGGAAGAAGAUGAGAACUUCUGUAUGGACAAAUCCACAUUAAAGAAUCUGGAGAAAAAACUGGAGAAUGAAAGCACAGCAUUUUAUUCCUCAGCCAGACUGUGGGAUGAUGGAGUGAUACUGCCCCAGAAUUCCAGAGAGGUGAUUGCAAAGUGCUUAGCGAUCAUCAAACAGAAGGAGAGCCAGACUCUUACCCGUCAGCAGCAGCCCAUUCUCCGAAUGUAAUUAGAAGUGACUGUUACAUGUAUGAAAUACUUUGCAAACAAUGGCUUCAAGGGACUUUUGUUUCUUACAACCAUGACAUUAGAUUGGUGUUGAUUUACUGAAACUGAACAAAUUGAGCAAAACUCAGAAACAGAAGUGUACUAAGAAUGUUAAGUCCUUAACCUUCAAGUGCCUCAGUUUCCCCACUUCUGUAAGAAGCAUAGGCAUACUGAAUGGUUUCCUAGGAAAGGAAUAGUAUUUUGGUGGAGAAAGGGUUGGACUUAGACCCCUGAGGACCUGGGUUUGAUUCCUGACUCCGACACUUAUUAGCAGUGUGACCCUAGUGAGUCCUUCAGCUUUUCCGGCAUUUGGUUCAUCAUCUGUACGAUGGGGACACUGGCUGAUGAGGUCCUGGUCCUCAAAGCAUGUGCAAUAUGGCUUGGUGAGCCUGCCUCUGGAAAUGCGUGAUGGAGGGGUCUUCUCCCUGCAUGAUUGAAGGUACCUUGUGCUUCCUGUCAUCUUGCUGGGUGGUCAUGGAAAUGCUUUUUCAUUGGUUGCUAAGCCAGAAACGAGCGUGUAUACAAAGGCUAGAAGAGGAAAUGGAUGAAUUCUCUCUUUCCUGGUGGUCACUGAGGCAUAGCAGAAGCAGUAGCAGCCUGCUGUCUGUCACUGGCCCCCUUCUCUCCCCACUGAACACGUGGUCCUGCCUGUUUCUGCCUUCGUGGGUUUCUUCUUUCCUGAUCUUAGAUGAAUGAUUUUCACAGAGAGAGAGAAGGGAACAGGUGAUGAUUUUGUGAUCUUCGAAAGGCUGGAAGAGUCCCAAGAGGACCAGCAAAUACAAUUCAUGCCAGAUUCUACCAGUAAUGGCAGCUUCUGAGCACAACGAGAAGCCAGCCCUGAGGUUGGACCUGCUCUACCCAGGCUGGCGGCCAAUGGAUCCAGCAGUUGAGAUGCUGUGUCCUACGAGGAAGGGAGUGACUCCACAAUGACCAGCCAUGAUUUGGGGGACCAGUGAUGAAGGAUGCUGCCUCCCUCCUGACCAAGAGGGUAUAGACUAAGGGUCCAGAAUGAGACAGGCAUUUUUGACAUGACCAAUUCAGGAAUUUGUUCCACUUGAUUCCUUGACUAUACAUAUUUGUUACAAAGGUUUUGUUUUUAUCUUUCUUUUCAUAAAACAUGAGGAGGUUGG